UCGUGACGGGUGGAUGCAUUUCAGUCGACGGCGCGAUUAAAGAUUUUCUGGUGUGUUUUCCUACAGGAGCAAGGAAAUCGGGAUAAGAGGGAAAUUGAGUGUUCCCGACAUGAACUUAGAUUGUGCUUGGACUCCCAGUGAUGCGAAAAAAAUCUGAAUGAUUUCUGCGAAAAUCAGAUAGUGAAUGCUGCGAGUGUUGUUGAGUCCUGUAAGGAAAAUAUAACUUGUGAAAAAAUUGGAAAAUGUGCUAAGUGAUAGUUAGAGCGACACCGCGUAGAGUCGAAAGUGGUUGUGAAGAGAAGAAAAUUACUCAAAAAAAUUUCGAAUGAAAAUUCGGUUAGCGAGUUUACACCUGCAAGUGAAAAUGUGAAAAAUCUAAAAAUGUUCGUUACAGUCAAAAACUAAAAUCAUAUGCAACUUUCCCGGUAAAAUGGUAGGUCCAGGCCUAUUAUGACAAACCUGCUGAUUUAGCGCCCAGUGUGUGCUUAAAAACAACUAGAAACGGUUGAAGAGGUAUUACUGAUAACGUAGCCGGAAAACAGUAAAUAUAUGCAGAAAAUAUGAAAACACUCCCCGAUAUGAGCGGCCUAGUACCCAUCAUCAGAACCUACUACUUAGCUAGUCUAGCGCUACUUCUGGUAAUCGCAGAGAAUGUGGCUCUGUCACAGUCACCGCCUGCCACACUAUCAGUGACUUCCUCUCCCUCAUUGCCCACGACCAAUCAGUGUUCAUGGGAAUAUAACAAAACUGUGACCACGUGUCGACUUCGCACUGUCGAUCGAGCCGGCUUAGAUCUCCAAGGAGCGGAUGGAUCGUCGAGGUUGCGGGUGCAGUGCAGCGAGGUAUUCCUCUUCGAAAGUCAAUUACCGCAGAAUACGUUCUCACGCCUGCAGAUCCUGGAGGAGCUGCACUUCGACUCCUGUAAAUUACUUCAUUUGCCUAAUAAAGUUUUCGAUGGCCUAGGAACCUUGAAGACUUUAAGUAUCAAUUCCAAAAAUUCCGAUUGGGGUCCCGGCAAGAGCUUGGAACUGCAACCAGAUUCGCUGGUUGGAUUGAAGCAGCUGAUCGAACUUGAUCUGAGUGAAAAUAAUCUCAGAGUACUACCGCCAAGUUUUCUGUGUCCCGUUGGAAACUUGCAAAUACUGAAUUUGACCCGAAAUCGCAUUCGCUCAGCAGAUAAUCUUGGGUUUGCUCACAUGACAUGCAAUGGAGGUAGCGAGCUGCAGGCCUUAGACGCAAGUUUCAAUGAACUGAGGUCGAUCCCUGAGAACUGGGGUAUAUCGAGACUUAGAAGACUGCAGCAUCUGAACCUGCAGAAUAACAACAUCACUGAGUUAUCCGGAGAGGCCUUUGCUGGCUUAAGCUCGCUGAGGACGCUGAACUUGAGCCAUAACCAUCUGGAAACACUUCCCGAAGGCUUAUUCGCUGGGUCAAAAGAAUUGCGAGAAAUCCAUCUGGAGCACAACGACUUAUAUGAACUGCCUAAAGGUUUAUUUCAUAGACUGGAGCAGUUACUGGUUUUAGACUUGUCAGGAAACCAGCUGACCAGCCACCACAUCGACAACACAACAUUUGCUGGCCUAAUACGACUCGUGGUACUGAACUUAGCGCACAAUGCUCUUACCAGAAUCGAUUACCGAACUUUCAAAGAACUGUAUUUUCUACAAAUAUUGAACCUUCGAAACAACUCCAUCGGACAUAUUGAAGAAAACGCCUUCCUGCCUCUGUACAACUUGCAUACACUGAACUUAGCUGAAAACAGGCUGCACACAUUAGACGAUAAACUAUUCAAUGGCCUUUUUGUCCUGUCGAAACUAACACUGAAUAAUAAUUUGAUAAGUGUGGUUGAACCGUCCGUAUUCAAAAACUGCUCAGAUUUGAAGGAACUUGAUCUAAGCUCAAAUCAGCUGACCGAGGUGCCACGCGCCCUCCAAGACUUAUCCAUGCUGCGAACGCUGGAUUUAGGAGAAAAUCAAAUUUCAACUUUUGAAAAUGGAUCCUUCCGGAAUUUGCAUCAACUGACUGGUUUGCGAUUGAUUGACAACCAAAUUGGAAAUAUCUCAAAAGGGAUGUUCUGGGACCUGCCGAGGUUGAGCGUAUUGAAUCUCGCCAAAAAUCGAGUCCAAGGAAUCGAAAUAGGAUCAUUCGACAGAAAUAUUGAGUUGGAAGCUAUUCGGUUGGAUAGAAACUUCUUAACCGAUAUAAACGGCGUUUUUGCAACACUUGCGUCGUUGCUUUGGCUCAAUUUAUCCGAAAAUCAUUUGGUUUGGUUUGACUAUGCCUUCAUUCCGAGUAAUUUAAAAUGGUUGGAUAUUCAUGGAAAUUAUAUUGCGGAGCUCGGGAAUUACUACACAUUGCAAAAGGAAAUUCGUGUGAAAACUCUAGACGCGAGUCACAACAGGAUCACGAAAAUCGACGCCAUGUCCGUCCCAAACACGAUCGAAUUACUUUUCAUUAACAACAAUCUUAUCAGCAGUGUUCAUGCCAACACCUUCGUUGAUAAGGUGAAUUUGACGAGGGUCGACCUGUACGCCAAUGCUCUGAAUAAGCUGCAAUUGCAUACUCUGCGAUUGACCCCAGUUCCGCCAGAGAAACCUCUGCCAGAGUUCUACUUGGGUGGAAACCCGUUUGAAUGUGAUUGCUCCAUGGAAUGGUUGCAGCGAGUCAACAAUCUGACAUCGAGGCAGCACCCCAGAGUCAUGGAUCUCGCAAAUAUUGAGUGCGUCAUGCCACAUACCCGGGGAAUGCCCAUAAGACCGCUAGCUUCACUAAAAUCGAAGGACUUUUUGUGCAAAUAUGAGGCCCAUUGCUUUGCUCUAUGCCAUUGUUGCGACUUCGAUGCAUGCGAUUGCGAAAUGACCUGUCCAACGAACUGUACCUGCUACCAUGAUCAAACAUGGAGCACGAACGUUGUCGAUUGCGGAGGCCAGAAAACGAUCGAGUUACCAAAACGAGUUCCUAUGGAUUCCACAGCUGUUUAUUUGGAUGGAAACAAUUUUCCAGUAUUGCAGAAUCACGCCUUCAUCGGAAGAAAGAACUUGAAAUCGUUGUUUGUAAAUGCGAGCAAUGUGGCCAGUAUCCAGAAUCGCACUUUCGCCAGCCUGACUUCGUUGCAAGUGCUGCACUUGGAAGAUAAUAGAAUUCAUACGCUCCACGGUUACGAGUUUGAACAUUUGACGAAAUUGAAAGAGCUUUACCUACAAAACAAUUUGCUGACUCAUAUAGAAAAUGCAACGUUUUCCCCCUUGAUGUCAUUGCAAGUCCUUAGGAUUGAUGGCAACCGACUGCACUCAAUUCCGAUUUGGCAGUUCCAUAACCAGCCACUUAGGAAUCUGAAAUCAUUGUCCUUGGGGCGAAACGUUUGGAGCUGCCGCUGCAAGUUCCUUCAGGACUUGACUUCCUAUGUUGCUGAUAAUGCUUUGAUUGUGCAAGAUUCCCAGGACAUCUACUGUGUUGAAGGCGCUAUAAAACGGGAACUGGACUUUAACGCGACUGCAGCUUGCAGCGAUUACUAUGCUGGAGGAUCGGUGCUGCAGAAUGGUAUUCCCAAAUCCUACAUACCUCUCUUGGCAGCUGCACUGGCUUUGGUGUUCUUGCUCGUCAUUCUUGUGAUAAUUUUCGUUUUCCGUGAAUCCGUUCGUAUUUGGCUCUUCGCUCAUUACGGUGUUCGCGUUUUCGGUCCGCGCUGCGAGGAAUCCGAGAAACUUUAUGAUGCAGUAUUGUUGCAUUCUGCGAAAGAUUCAGAAUUUGUCGCUCAGUCCCUCAUUGGAGAGUUAGAAACUGGCCGUCCUCCACUCCGAAUAUGUCUUCAACAUCGAGACUUAUCUCACGAUGCAACACAUAUGCAGGUGCUAGAAGCGGCCCGGGCUUCCCGGCGAGUAGUGAUCUUGCUGUCUCGAAAUUUUCUGCAAACUGAAUGGAGUCGAUGUGAGUUGAGACGAGCUGUGCACGAUGCACUGCGAGGUCGACCUCAUAAGCUGGUGAUUGUUGAAGAACCUGAAGUGAUGCUUGAAGCCGAAAGUGAUGUCGAACUCUUGCCGUACUUAAAAACGACAGCUGUGAAUCGAAUUCGAAGAAGCGAUCGGCACUUCUGGGAAAAGCUCCGAUACGCGCUUCCUGUUGAGUUUCCCUAUCGCACGAACAACUACACCCUAGAUCAUAAUCAUGAACGAAUCAAGCAACCUGCCAGUCCUGGAAUAAUGUUCCGUCAGGCCCCUCCACCAGCCUAUUGUCCAGACGGCGAGGAUCCCAACUACUCUUCAGCAACUACUGCCACCCCUAGCCCUCGGCCGAAUCGACGAGGAGGUAGUGGCGAGCACGUUCAUCCACAAGCCUCGCCCCAUCAUCAUCACCAUCUCGUGCAUCAACAGCCCCAACCGCAACAACCACUCCAUCAGCAACACCAUCAUGGCCAGUAUAAUAACCGACCUCCAUCCGAGCAUAUCUACUCCAGUAUUGAUUCAGACUACAGCACCCUGGACAACGAGCAGGCUGCCGGUCUCAUGUCGAGCGGUGGUAGCAAUAACAGUCACUCCAGCAGUAGCAACACUGCCCCGCAUCCCCAUCGGGCUGCUUUUCACCACCAGCAGCAGCAACAACAUCAGCAGAACAUCCAUCAAACGUGGAGACCACAACAGCACCAGCAGCAUCAACAGCAACCUGGGGGACACCACGGGGGCGGAAACGGUUCACCGCCGGGUCAACAUGUGCAGGCCUACUUGGUGUAAUGACGUCAACAUGUGCUUGUAUAAACCUUCUUUAUUGCCAUUCGUGUGAUUCAUUACAUAAUUGUCCUAAACGCAUAAAAUAAGGCACUAUCGCGGAGACUCUAGUAAGUAUAGGAACAAUUCGAAAACAACAUUAAAUAGAGACUGAGUGAGACAUAGCGAAAGAGAACAGAUAAUAUUGAUUGUAUUUAUUGUAAAUAGCUUUACUGUUACUAUAACUAUCCGAAAAGUAAAAAGCCUAGAAUAUAACUUCAAGCAGAAUUUAGAACUGGCGUGAAUAGCGAGUACACAGGCUACAUCAGAUCCUUAAUCUACUAAAUAUACCAAACUCUCCAACGGGAAGGACGAAAAUAACUUUAUUAUUGUUUUAAAUAAUACAGUGAAACUGAAAGGAAUAAUUUGCAUAGUGAGAUACGUGAACAGCUCACAACACAAAAAAGUAACGAGAAAAAUGAACAAAAAAAAUCCUAUUACAUAGAAAAAUUCUACUCAAUAAAUAUUUGCAUAUUUCAAUUAUUAAACAAUGGAAAGAACAAAAUUCUACAAUUUGCAGAGGAAGCAUUCAAAAUACUUUUAGGUAUAUUGAAUCAAAUCCAGAAUGUGAAACCUUAUACGAAACUUUAUAAAAAAUCAAAACUCAAAACGAAAUGCUAAUUUCUGAAUUACCGAAUGUAUUUCUGUAAAGAAAUACACACAACAACAAACAAACUGACUUUAAAAUAAUUUAACUUAAUUAGCAACUACAGUAUAUAAUAUAAACUACUAUCUAAGACUAUAUUGUAAAGCAACUAAAAGAAUUUCGAUGAUUAUAUAUUUCGAGAAGAGAAAUUAAAAUAGAACUGCAAAAUAAACUAAUGAAUAAAAUGAAAAUUAAAAUAAAACCUAAAAACAUGCGAAAAGCUUAAGAGAGUAAGAAAUGAUGAAAAUAUAUUUGUGAUAUGUACUAUAGUGUAGGUAUGUAAAAAAAUGAUAUAAAAUGAAAAUGCUAUUAAUAAAUAAAUUGAACAAUAUAAGAAAAGAAUGAAAGAAAACAGAAAUUACUUAAAAAUACACAACACAAGAGAAAAAACUGCAUCAAUAAAUUACUUGG